UGCCUCCGAAAAAGGCGACGGCCGCCCAGAAGAAAAAGGGCGUAGUAGGAGAGACUAGCCGGGCUCAGAAGGGUACUCGGACCCUUGCUCAGAUGAUGCGUGAUAUUACGUCCCGGCCAGCCGACUCUGCUACGUCUUCAUCGUCAGAGGAGUCUGGAGCAGCUUCACCAUUAGCUCCAGGGGCUUCAGCUCCCGCGCCUCCAGCUCCUCAGCCAGGGGCGGAGGACAGGACACUGAGAGAGGCUGUGCAGUUAUUGACCACUCUGGUAGCGGGACAGGCUCGCAGACGCGGGCGGAGAGAUGAUGAUGAUGACGAUAGGCGUGACAGCCUGAGGGUUCGAGAGUUUCUAUUAUGUGGCCCUCCAGAGUUUUACGGGUCUAAGCCCGACGAGGACCCCCAUGACUUUAUUCGGGGGAUGCGGCGCUCACUAGAUUUGGUCAGGGCUUCAGAGACUGAGUCUGUUGAGUUGGCUUCGCAUAGACUACGGGAUAUUGCUGCUCACUGGUAUGAGUCCUGGGAGCUAUCCAGGGGUGAGGGUGCUACCCCAGCUACUUGGGACGAGUUCGUGACUGCUUUCACUCACCACUUUUUGCCCCCAGAGUUACGGCGGGCGCGGGUUGACCGAUUUUUGCAUCUGCAGCAGAGGGGUCGGAGUGUUCGUGAGUAUAAUAUGGAGUUUGAUUCUCUGGCCCGGUACGCACCUACCAUAGUAGCAGAUAUGGCCGAUCGGAUGCACAGAUACGUGAUGGGGUUAGACCGCUACUUGAUUGAUGGCUGUAUGGCGGUGGCAUUGCAGACAGACAUGGAUAUUGCCCGACUACAGGCUUAUGCUCUGGGUAUGGAGGACCGACAUAGAGCUGAUUAUUCCAGCAGAGAUCGGGACAGGAGGCCGCCCAAGAGGGCCAGGUCCGCUGGGUAUUCUGGGGAGCCUCAAGGCGGGCAGCCUCAACAGUAUGUUAGACAGUCUUCUCAGCCAGCGCAGAGUGCGCCCCCGCAGUCUACCGGAGAGGGAUUUGAUAGUGCCAGAUACUCAGGAGCAAGCCAGAGCUUCAGGGCUCCAGGUUCACAGGUGAGCCGAGGUUCCAGCCAGGCGAGGCCACCUAUGCCUCGGUGUUCGUAUUGUGGGAGAUCUCAUCCAGGAAAGUGCUACCGAGCUACGGGAGCCUGUUUUUCUUGCGGCCGUCAGGGCCAUAUGAUGCGUGAUUGUCCAAUGGCAAGUGGUUCUGGUAGUACAGUUCAGCCGACAGGAUCAGCCGCGGGUUCAUCUUCUACUCCCUCAGCCAUGCGCCCUGCGGGACGAGGUAUGCCGGUACAGGCGGGUCGCGGUCGAGGCCGUGGCGGUGCUUCAGGUUCUAGCGGUCCCUCGAACCGCAUAUAUGCGUUGGCCAGCCGACAGGACCAGGAGGCGCCACCAGGUGUGGUUACAGACCUUGGGGAGCCCGAGGCGUGGAUUGGAAAUUUACUUUAGAUUGGCUAUUUUGGAAGGGCGUACGAGGUACAGACGCACAGCCUGGUGAUCCACCUGUUUAGGACACCCUUUCUGCUAUUCGGAGUGCUCCUCUCUUUCCGGAGCUUAUACUUUUGGUAUAUAUAUUUAUUAGUGCAUUUGUAUAUAUUCGUUCAUGGGUACGGCGGGGCCCUGUCCCGUCAUAUGAUUCUGUCGGUCUGUUUAGAGGUCUGUGGACAUGUUUGUGGGUUGGGGUCUUUCUGUAUGGAUGUAUGUACAUGUCGUUUGGGCGAUCCCAUACGCCGAGGCGGCCGGUCCGCAUAUGUUGUUUGGGCGAUCCUAUACGCCGAGGCGGCCGGUCCGUAUAUGUUUAUAUAUUGCUUGGUUAGCCCUGUGUGGCUUUUGUUGGUA